UCCAUGUCUAACACCAUACGGGCGUCUGUUGUUCAAACAUGCACUGCAGCGUACUCACUGUCCAAUACUUUGGAUAAACUAGAGCGGCUAACGCGGCUUGCAAAAGACAGGGAUGGGAGCAAACUCGCGGUGUUCCCCGAGGCAUUUAUUGGGGGUUACCCUAAAAUGAUGACUUUUGGUGCCGUUGUGGGCGAACGUUCGGUGCAAGGGCGCGACGAGUUUCUGAGGUAUUAUAAUGCCGCCAUCGAGCUCCCCUCCCCUGCCCUCUCGCGAAUCGAAACGAUAAGUCGAGAAACGGACGUUUUCCUUGUCAUCGGCAUCAUCGAACGCGAUGGUGGGACACUCUACUGCACUGCGAUCUUCGUCGAUCCAAUCGACGGAUUCGUCGGUAAACACCGGAAGUUGAUGCCGACAGCCAGUGAGCGACUGAUCUGGGGACAAGGAGGGCCGGAUACAAUUGCUGUUCAUACCAAACAGUUCCCUUCGGUUGGACAAUCUGAUGUACAUGUCAACACGAAAAUAUCCGCGGCCAUUUGUUGGGAAAAUUAUAUGCCUUUAUUGAGAACACACUACUAUUCUCAGGGCACUCAAUUAUACUGCGCGCCCACCGUUGAUGCACGGCCAGUAUGGCAAUCGACCAUGACGCACAUUGCCAUAGAAGGACGUUGUUUUGUCCUAUCGGCGUGCCAGUUCUCUCAGGAGAAGGACUUCCCAGAAGAUCACGCCGUCGCCGACCCCAGCGCGCGCAAUGCUGAGAACGUCAUGAUCGCAGGUGGUAGCGUGAUUAUCAAUCCUCUCGGCAAGGUUCUUGCGGGUCCGCUGCUGAACGGCGAGGGUGUCCUUACGGCUGAAUUGGAUCUCGAUGACAUCGCACGAGGGAAGUUCGAUCUGGACGUUGUGGGGCAUUAUGCCAGACACGACAUCUUCAAGUUGGAGGUCAUUGGGAAUUGAUUGUUUGAUUGCUGUUUGCGAGUCCAUAUUCCAAUGUAUACUAAUGUAUACCAUGGAAGCAAUCUGACAUAUAUCUAUGUCUUUUGG